GCGCGUUCACGCAUGCGCACGGCUGCUGCACUGCCCUCGCUUCCUGUCUGUCCCAGUUCACUUGCAGCCUUCGCUCCCAGACUUGGUCCUCUGGUCUGUGAGAACAGCGUUGCUAGCGGGGUUGAGGGCCGAGCGACCGGGCGGGCACUAAGCGGGUGCUACUGUGCGCGUCAAGGUCCGCGUGGGCCGGCGGAGGCGCGAAGGGGAAGCGAAGAGCCCGCGGCGGAGGACCCGGCGGGCGGCGGCGGCUGGACCGGGCCCGGCGCGCGGCAUCCUCGGCGGACGCAGCCGGACGGUCCACCCUCAAUAGACUACAGUUUCCCAAGAGCAGCAGAAAAUGAACAGAUUGAAGGAACCGGUGUCCUUCAAGGACGUGGCUGUGGACUUCACCCAGGAGGAGUGGCAGCAGCUGGACGCUGACGAGAAGACCACGUACAGGGACGUGAUGCUGGAGAACUACAGCAACCUCGUCUCCGUGGGGUACGAUGUUACCAAACCAAAUGUGAUCGUUAGGUUGGAGCAGGGAGAAGAGCCAUGGAUGAUAGAAGGUGACUUGUCCUCUCACAGUUGUCCAGGAGAAGUCUGCAAAGCUGGUGACCUAGUAGAGGACAUUGAAGGCAAGCAUUUGAGGCAAGCUGUCGACAUCAACAACCAAGACCUGCUGGAAGACAGAGGGUGUGCAUUUGAAAAAAUGUGCAAUGUAGAAUCUCUCCUUGUUUCACCAAGCAUGAUAGCUCACAGUUGUGUCUCCUGUGGAAAGAAUUUAGAAUCUAUUUCAGAAUUAAUUAGUAGUGAUGGAAGCUAUGCAACAAAG